CUCUCUUCCGCGCUCUGCAACCUUUCAGCUUUAUAUCGAAGGUCUCGCGCCGCAGAAUCAAAAGAAAGGACGAUUGUUCCUAACUCUUACUCUUUUGGUGCUUCAUCCUCGCCAGCUUUUGGACAGCAGAGUUCUGCAUUUGGUGCAUUUUCUACUCCAGUAUUUGGUGGAUCGUCUAAUCAAAGAAGUCCAUUUGGUGGAGCAUCUGGUACGUCUGUUCUUGGUCAGAAGCCUGCUUUUGGAGCAUUUGGGUUGAGUCCUGCUCAAACAAGUCUAUUUGGGAGCACAGCUCAACCAUCACAACCAGCAUUCAGAAGCAAUAUGUUUGGUAACACCUCUUCACCAUUUGGUGGAAGUCAGCCUGCAUUUGGAACUAAUACUACCCCAGCCUUUGGUUCAACAAACACCACGGCCUUUGGUUCAACAAAUACCCCAGCCUUUGGUACCACCACCAACCCUGCUUUUGGUGGCCAAGCCACUCCAGCCUUUGGGGCCACAAGCGCUUCGCCUUUUGGUGGUACAGGUACUCCGGCCUUUGGUGCACCAAGUACUCCCACCUUUGGCUCAACACCAAGUCCUGCAUUUGGAAGCACAGGAUCUGCAUUUGGGACAACAAGUUCCAGCUUGUUUGGAACUGGGGGAGCAUUUGGGGCGACUCCAAGCACCCCGUCUUUUGGUCAAUCUAGCUCAGCUUUUGGUACUACAACAAGUGCUCCUGCUUUUGGCCAAUCAAGCACAGGUUUUGGCUUUUCAUCAAGUACUCCUGCAUUUGGCCAAUCAAGUUCUACCUUUGGUAGCACCCAAUUUGGUGCUUCAUCUCCUUUUGGAGGGCAGAGUUCUUCAUUUGGGGUUCAGUCAACAACACCAACACUUGGAAACAAUGCCUUUGGACAGUCAACGUUUGGGGCCCAACAGGGUGGAAGUAGAGCGACUCCUUACACAGGCACAUCUGAACCAGAUAGUAAUGGACUGGGGAAAUUGGAGUCAAUUUCAGCAAUGCCAGCCUAUAAAGAAAAAAGUCACGAGGAAUUGAGAUGGGAGGAUUACCAAUUAGGGGAUAAAGCUGGACCGUCUCCUGCUGGUGGGGGUGGCUUUGGCAUGUCAACUGUACAGACAAAUCCUUUGAAUCCUAUUCAUGCAACACCGUUUGCUCAAACGUGUUCAAGUCCUUUUAAUCAUUCAACCUCAUCUAGUUUAUUUGCUCCAAAAACCUCAUCCUUCCCUUCUGCUGGUUUUGGUGUCACUUCAUCUUCACCAUUUAGUUCGUCUUCACCGUUUAGUUCGUCGUCACCAUUUAGUUCUUCUUGGCCGUUUAGUUCAUCAACUCAAGGCAAUUUGUUUACACCUGCAUCAUCAGCCCCAGCAUUUGGCUCUGCCCCAGCAUUUGGCCAAACAUCGUCUCCGUUGCCUUUUAGUUCACCGUCGUCCUUCUCAUUCUCUACCGCGGCCACAUCAUCCACUCCCUCAUUCAAUUUCCCCACUCCUUCAAACCCGCAGACACAGUCUGCUCAAACAGGCACUAUCUCAUUUCAGCUGAAUCCAUCAACCUUUCGUUCAAACUUGUUCAAUAAUACUUCCAGUUUGCAGAGCAGUUCCUUGGGCACUACAAGCAACCAACUGGGUAAUAAUCCACCAGCUGAAACGGAUUCCAGUACUACUAUCACCAUAAAUGAACCAUCAUUGAGUAAUGGUGGAUCAAGUCAGCCUGGUUUUGGCUAUACUAGUAGCUCAACUUUGGGCACUAUCACCAUAAACUCAAGUUCUGGAUCAAGGAUCACAAUAACCCCAGCUUCUUCAACUACUAUCACCAUAACCCCCACUUCAGGCUCCACUACUGUCACCAUAGCUCCAAGUUCCGGCACUACCUCAACUUCUACAUCUGGACACACUCCAUUUGCAUCUCCCUUCGUUGUGCCUUCCCAAGCUUCUCAGCCAUCUCAGACUAGUACUUCUAUCUUCUACACCAUCAAUAGUUUUGAUCAAAUUCAGCCAGGGAACAGAGAUGGCUUUGGUUCUUCAUUCGAAAGAUUGCAGAAUAACUCCGGACGGUGGCUUGGUAGUGCAUGCCCUGCUACAAAUCCGUUUAAUCUGCUACACAGGCCUGGUCAGCUUCCAUCUGGUCAUGCUGCUCCUUCACCAUCAGUUCAAAAUGGAAUUUCGGGAUCUUUGACAGCUAUGAGGGAUCUCAUAGAAUCCGUCCGCAACCAAUCUGAUGUCGCACUGAGAAUCACAAAAGAACUGCUUUUGACUAAAGGCAAGGACAAGAACAUGGUCUACUCUCCUCUGUCCAUACAUGUGGUUCUUAGCCUGAUAGCAGCUGGGUCGACAAAGGGUCACCCCCUCCACGAUGAGAUGCUGAAGUUCCUCAAGUCCAGGUCCAUCGAGCAGCUAAAUGAGCUUGCCUCGAAUCUUGUCCCUCUGGUCUUUGCCGAUGGAACCACAAGUGGCGGCCCUAGCUUGGCAUUCGCCAAUGGUGUUUGGGUUGAAACUUCUCUCCCAGUCAAGGCUUCCUUCAAAGAGGUAUUGGACAAUGCGUACAAGGCAGUUCUAAAGCAAGUAGAUUUUAGGACCAAACCUGAGGAAGCGCGUUGCGAAGUUAACUCAUGGGUGGAGAAGGUGACCAGAGGCCUUAUCAAAGAUCUUCUUCCAUAUGAAACAGUUACGUGCGCCACAAGGAUCAUUCUUGCAAAUGCUUUGUACUUCAAAGGAGCUUGGGAUCAGAAGUUUAUUGAAUCAAGAACAAAUAUGUUUGAUUUUCACCUUCUCAGUGGGAAGUCGGUUAAGGCACCCUUCAUGACCAGUUGGAAGGAUCAGUUUAUAAGUGUCUUUGACAGUUUCAAAGUCUUAAAGCUUCCUUACAAACAAGGUGAGGAUCACAAUCGGCGCUUCUCCAUGUACAUGUUUCUUCCUAAUGCAAGUAAUGGGCUGCCAUCUCUGGUUGAGCGAUUCUGUUCAGAGGCUGGGUUUUUGGACCGCUAUCUUCCUUGCAGAAAAGUUGAAGUUGACAAAUUUUUAAUCCCGAAGUUUAAGAUCACUUUUGGCAUUGAAGUUUCUCAAGUUCUGGAAACUUUAGGACUGAAGUUGCCAUAUUUGUCAGAGACGGUGGUUGGUGAUGAACCAUUUGUUAACUUGAUAAUCCACAAGUCCUUUAUUGAAGUUAAUGAAGAAGGCACAGAAGCUGCUGCUGCUACUGCUGCCGUUGCUGCGUUUGGCUGCGCUGCUCCUUGUCCUGUGAUUGAGAAGAUAGACUUUGUGGCAGAUCAUCCAUUCCUUUUUCUGAUCCGAGAAGAAGUGACUGGAGCAGUGAUGUUCGUUGGGCAUGUCCUCGACCCCAUUGCAGAGUGAUCUCUUAGAUGUCCUGGCUAAGUCCUAUUAGGUUAUGUAAAUGUUCCUAAGGUUUGUUUUUGAAUUGAACAGUUAAUCUUUUGAUACAUCUCCAACAAACUAUUACGAGGAUCCAUGUCCUUGUUUUCUAAA